CUCUAUCUCUCUCUCUCGCGCGCGCUUCCGGACUUCCCGCAGAGGCGAUGCCCUUGUGACGCGUCGCCUUCUUCUCUCGCCGGUGAAGCCCUCUUUUGCUUUCUGCUUCGCUCCGGACGUUGUUCGCGGUCUGCAUUGCAAGAACUGUUCGACCUUUCUGUUACAGUAUGGAAAAAGGAAAAAGUGAUCAAGACGACCAUGUAGUCCGUAAGCUGAAUCGACAGAUAUCGAAUUCUACUACGCGGAAUCCUUAUGCUGGAGAACCCUUCCGAAGUGGUGGUGGUGCCUCCCCAAGCCUUGACCCAAUUCUUUCAGAUGAGGCCAAGAACUCUACUUCCAGUAACUUGUCUGACCCAUCAAACACUCAAGAUGUGAAAUGUCCAUUGGUUCAGGAGGCCAAUUCUGGUAACCACCGUAGAGCAUCGACCAUGACUGCCGGUCAAGAUGCAUUGAACUCGCCAGAUGACCGAUCCUUGGCUUCAGCAUUCAAGGCAAUGAGCUUCAAGAAAAGGAUUGAAUUUGAUUUGACUAUUCCAAGUUUUGAGCACAAUCCAGCUUCAUUUAGAUAUGCAGUCUUGCAUAAUUCAGAACACCUAAACAAGUCUUCCUCUAUGCCUGAGUCCUCAGAGAUGCCAAUCCGUAUGCCCACCAUGCCAAAUGGAGUUGAUCUGCCAAAUCUGGAAGCAAAAGGGUAUUCCUCUUUCAUCACUAGGGAUGACUCCAGUAUGUGCAACAGAACAUUAGACGGACAUUGUGAUGCAAGCUCUUGUAAGCUCAAUUUUUGUGCCCCAAGAUACCAAACGCCAAACAGUGUAUUAGCUUGUCACAAUGAGCAGUGGCAAAGCUACACAGGUUACCCUUCUGAUAUGCCUGUAAAUCCAGGAAAGCAGACUUUUUCAUCGCCUGGUGUUUUGGCACAGGGGUUUCAGCUUCCGACUACAUUCCUGAAUCAGGACUAUGUGGAUGCACCAUCACAUGCUUAUGCUUCUUAUUGCCAGCAAAAUCAACCAAAUGUGGGAUGGUGUGACUUCGAGGAUGAAAGAAAUUAUAUAAAUAAUUCUCAGUAUCUUUACUUUCAACAGCUUGAAAAUCAACAUUUGGAAGGGCACGUUCAAAGAGGAAGAAACUCAGCAACUGGGCAUUUGUCUGGAUGUUCAACACAGCCAUAUUUUCACAUGCCCAUUCCCCAUCAAGCUGGACUAGCAUAUCCUAAUUCUUAUGAGAGUGACGACGUGGCUAACAGUAGAUGUAAUCAGUUGUAUGAUAUUUUGCCAAGCAGAAACCAUGGAAGGUACCAUCGUAAUGGAUAUCCUAGUUUUUCCAAUAGCUCUGUAGUUCCACAAAGAUUGAAGCUAUCAUCUCACUCUGGUUCAACUGUAAGUUCCCAUGGAGACCAAGUUCCAGACUUCUUUUGUAAAUUAACAUCUCAUGGAGUGAACCCACUACGAACUUCUAUUGGUAGCCAUCAAUUGCCAAAACAUGCUGACAACACUAGCCGAAUGUUCCCUGAUGAUGGUGCCAACAGUUAUAACGGGCGGCGUGAUGGAUCAUUAAAUUUGGGUAUUCAGAGAAGUCUGAGUUCCUCUUCUGAUGGUUCUGAUCAGAGACAUGAUCCAGAAUCAUCACAUCUGCAAUACGAUUCACUUGACAAUCUCAGUGGACGAAUACAUAUGUUAGCUAAGGAUUUGUGUGGUCACUGCUUCUUGCUGAAGACACUCGAUAAACGAGAGCGUGGAAAUGUUGAUAAGAUAUUUGUUGAGAUCAUUAGUCAUGUUGCUGAGCUUAUGAUUCAUCCCAUUGCGCAUCAUCUUAUCAAGAAGCUGGUUGAAGUUUGUACAGAACAGCAAUUAACACACAUAACUGAUAAAAUUUCAGAGCGCACCGACCAACUUCCUAGAAUCUGCUGUGACCAGCAUGGAACUUCUGUUGUACAAAAGAUUAUCAAAACUGUUAAAAGUCCGGAGCUUUAUUUUAAUAUCGCCGAAGCUCUAAAACCUGGUAUACUGUCAUUGAUGAAGAACAUCAAUGGUAGUCAAGUUGCACAAUACUGUUUGCGAUACCUUCCACCUGAAUCGAAAGAGUUUCUUUUCGACGUUGCAGUUGCUAACUGUAUUGAGCUAGCAAGAGAUCGCCAGGGUUGUUGUGUGAUUCAAAAAUGCCUCUCUGAUUUAGAAGGGGAGCAGAAAAAUGAUUUACUGUUCAAGGUUACAUCUAAAGCUCAUGCCCUCUCCCAAGAUCCUUCCGGGAAUUAUGUGGUGCAAUUGAUUCUCGAUCAACAGAUUCCAUGGGCAACAUCCAGAAUACUAGAUCAGCUGGAGGGUCAUUACGGAACCUUGUCCGUACAAAGAUACAGUAGCAAUGUGGUGGAGAAGUGCCUCAAACUUGUGCGAGACGACCAGUGUGACAAUAUCAUUCGGGAGUUGAUCAAUGAUCCUUGUUUUGUCCAGAUCUCACAGGAUCCAUUUGGGAAUUAUGUCGUUCAGACAGCUCGUAGAGCAUGCAAGGGGGAACUUAUAAUUGCUUUUCUCGAGGCUAUAAGGCCCCAUAUCGCUGAACUCCGUGCUAGUUCAUUUGGGAGGAAAGUACUCUCCAAGACAUACCACAAUGGAUGAUCUCUGUUUCGUGCCUUCUUUUCAGCGAUGUCUGGAAUGAAUGACUUGUUGCGUAGUCUUACCAAAGCUCUAGAAAGAGUUAUUUGCAGUUGCCACAGCAGCGAUUGAGG